GCCGAAGGCGAGGGCGGCGCCCAGGGAUUCGAGCUGCGUGGAAGAGUGCUGCUGGCCUGGAGAUUAGAGCUGGCGUGUGUGCCAUGGCCCCACACUGGGCUGUCUGGCUGCUGGCAGCAGGGCUGUGGGGCCUGGGCAUUGGGGCUGAGGUGUGGUGGAACCUUGUGCCCCGUAAGACAGUAUCUUCUGGGGAGCUGGCCACGGUGGUGCGGCGGUUCUCCCAAACUGGUAUCCAGGACUUCCUGACACUGACCCUGACCGAGCAGUCUGGGCUCCUAUACGUGGGGGCCCGAGAGGCCUUGUUUGCUUUCAGCGUGGAGGCUCUGGAGCUGCAAAGAGUGAUCUCCUGGGAGGCCCCAGCUGAGAAGAAGACUGAGUGUAUCCAGAAAGGGAAGAGCAAUCAGACAGAGUGUUUCAACUUCAUCCGCUUCCUGCAGCCAUACAAUGCCUCCCACCUGUACGUCUGUGGUACCUACGCCUUCCAGCCCAAGUGUGCCUACAUCGACAUGCUCACCUUCACUUUGAUACGAGGAGAGUUUGAAGAUGGAAAGGGAAAGUGUCCCUAUGACCCAGCUAAGGGCCACACUGGCCUCCUUGUAGAUGGUGAGCUAUACUCGGCCACACUCAACAACUUCUUGGGUACGGAGCCUGUUAUCCUGCGUAACAUGGGGCCCCACCACUCCAUGAAGACAGAGUACCUGGCCUUUUGGCUUAACGAACCCCACUUUGUAGGUUCUGCCUAUGUCCCUGAGAGUGUGGGGAGCUUCACAGGGGACGAUGACAAGAUCUACUUCUUCUUCAGUGAGCGGGCAGUGGAGUAUGACUGUUAUGCCGAGCAAGUGGUGGCUCGUGUGGCCCGCGUCUGUAAGAGUGACAUGGGGGGUGCACGGACACUGCAAAGGAAGUGGACCACGUUCCUGAAGGCGAGACUGGUAUGCUCAGCUCCUGACUGGCAUCUCUACUUCAACCAGCUACGGGCCACAUACACCCUGCAGGGUGCCUCUUGGCACAAUACCACCUUCUUCGGGGUUUUUCGAGCUCGAUGGGGUGAUGUGGACCUGUCAGCAAUCUGUGAGUACCAGUUGAGAGAGAUUCAGCGGGUGUUUGAGGGUCCCUACAAGGAGUACCAGGAGCAAGCCCAGAGGUGGAGUCGCUACACUGACCCAGUACCCAGCCCUCGGCCUGGUUCGUGCAUCAACAACUGGCACCGCCACCAUGGCUACACCAGUUCCUUGGAGCUGCCUGACAACACCCUCAACUUCAUCAAGAAGCACCCGCUGAUGGAGGAACAGGUGGGACCUCGGUGGGGCCGCCCUCUGCUCGUGAAGAAGAAUACCAACUUCACCCACCUGGUGGCUGACCAGGUUACAGGGCUCGAUGGAACCACCUAUACAGUGCUGUUCAUUGGCACAGGAAAUGGCUGGCUGCUGAAGGCUGUGAGUCUGGGACCCUGGGUCCACCUGAUAGAGGAGCUGCAGGUGUUUGACCAGGAGCCUAUGGAAAGUCUGGUGCUGUCUCAGAGCAAGAAGCUGCUUUUUGCUGGUUCCCGUUCUCAGCUGGUGCAGCUGCCCCCAGCAGACUGUGCAAAGUACCGUUCCUGUGCUGACUGUGUCCUUGCCCGGGACCCCUACUGUGCCUGGAGUGUCAAUACCAGCCGUUGUGUGGCUGUGGGCAGCCACUCUGGAUCCCUGCUGAUCCAGCAUGUGACCAUCUUGGACACCUCAGGCAUUUGCAACCUGCGAAGUAAGAAAGUCAGGCUCACUCCUAAAAACAUCACCGUGGUAGCAGGCACAGACCUGGUACUGCCCUGCCGUCUCUCCUCCAACCUGGCCCAUGCCCGCUGGACUUUCGGGGGACGGGACCUGCCUGCAGAACAGCCCGGCUCCUUCCUCUAUGAUGCCCGACUCCAGGCUCUGGUGGUGAUGGCAGCCCAGCCCCGCCAUGCCGGGGCCUACCACUGCUUUUCAGAGGAGCAGGGGGCACGGCUGGCUGCUGAAGGCUAUCUUGUGGCUGUUGUGGCAGGCCCUUCGGUAACCCUGGAGGCCCGAGCCCCCUUGGAAAACCUAGGGCUUGUAUGGUUGGCUGUGGUGGCCCUGGGGGCCGUGUGCCUCGUGCUGCUGCUGCUAGUUUUGUCACUGCGUCGGCGACUACGGGAAGAGUUGGAAAAAGGAGCCAAGGCAGCCGAGAGGACCCUAGUGUACCCCCUGGAGCUGCCCAAGGAACCCACCAGUCCCCCCUUCCGGCCUGGCCCUGAAACAGAUGAAAAGCUUUGGGAUCCUGUUGGCUACUACUACUCAGACGGUUCCCUCAAGAUUGUGCCUGGACACGCCAGGUGCCAGCCAGGGGGUGGUCCCCCCUCUCCACCUCCUGGCAUUCCUGGCCAGCCCCUGCCUUCUCCAACUCGGCUUCACCUGGGGGGUGGGCGGAACUCAAAUGCCAAUGGUUAUGUGCGCUUACAAUUAGGAGGGGAGGACCGAGGAGGGCUUGGACACCCUGUGCCCGAGCUUGCUGAUGAACUGAGACGCAAACUCCAGCAGCGCCAGCCACUGCCUGACUCCAACCCGGAGGAGUCCUCAGUAUGAGGGGAACCCCCCACCGCAUCAGCGGGGGGGCGCGUGGGAGGUGCACCUCCUACUUUUGCACAGGCAUCAGCUACCUCAGGGACAUGGCAUGGGCCACUGCGCUGCCUGGAACAGGUGCUGCCCAGCAGCCACCCAGCCAUGAGGACCUGCUCAGCAUGGGCACUGCCACUUGGCGUGGCUCACCAGGGCACCAGCCUCACAGGAGGCUCACUCCUCUGUGAAUCUUGAACAUUUGGGACCCCAGCAGCCAAAACUUUUCAAGGCAGUUUUAAAAUGUGAGUGUAGGACUUGGCAGAGUGGCUCAAGUGGUAGAGCGCCUGCUUUGGAAGCGCAGUGCCCUGAGUUCAAACUCCAGUCCCACCAAAAAAUGUGUGUGUGUGUGUGUGUGUGUGUGUGUGUGUAGAUGGACAUGUGGCAUAACCUUCCUGUUUCUGUCAAGUCUUCCUUUGGCCUGGGGUCCUCUUGGUGAGUCUUUGGAGCUAUGAAGGGGAGGGGGUAUCACUUCGCCUCUCCAGCCCCCACC